AACAUUGCUUGCCUCUUUCUCUGGCUCUCCCUUUCCUCCUUUUUUAGAGCUUCCCCUCCCACACUCAAUUCCAGGGAAGCACAACCAAGCUUCUCUGUUAGAACAAAAAAAAAUAAGAAAAAUUGGCGUCAUAAGGGCCAAAGGUGGGAAAGUUGAAGUUUUUUGUUGAGGUGAAAGUGAAAUGGUUGGCAAGGAUAGUCUGAGGGCUGAGGACUUGAACUUGUGCUUUGAGAAACUUAUGAUGGUGGCUGGGAGUGGGAACGGUGAGAAAGGGGUGAACUCGAAGGUUGGGGUGAUCACCGAGUGGAAGGACAUUCCUGUGGAGCUUUUGAUGCAGAUUCUGUCCCUUGUGGAUGAUCAGACGGUGAUCACAGCUUCUGGAGUUUGUCGUGGAUGGAGAGAUGCUAUUUACUUUGGACUUGCUCGUUUAUCACUCUCAUGGUGUAGCAAGAGCAUGAAUAACUUGGUCCUAUCUCUUGUUCCGAAAUUCGUAAAACUGCAAACUCUAAUCCUCCGUCAAGACAAGCCUCAACUAGAGGAUAAUGCUGUCGAGACUAUUGCAAAAUGCUGUCAUGAACUGCAGAUUCUGGAUCUCAGCAAAAGUUUCAAGCUAACUGAUCAUUCACUCUAUGAACUUGCCCUUGGUUGUCGUGAUCUUACAAAACUCAACAUCAGUGGUUGUUCAGCAUUUAGUGACAAUGCUCUGGCUUACCUUGCCAGUUUCUGCAGAAAACUGAAAGUUCUAAAUCUUUGUGGGUGUGUUAGAGCUGCAUCUGAUACUGCAUUACAGGCUAUUGGACAAUACUGCAAUCAGCUACAAUCUUUGAACCUUGGAUGGUGCGAUAAUGUUGGCGAUGUUGGAGUAACUACUUUAGCAUACGGGUGUCCUGAUCUUAGGAUAGUUGAUUUGUGUGGCUGUGUCCGUAUAACAGAUGAUAGUGUGAUUGCUUUGGCAACUAGAUGCCCCCAUCUGAGGUCCCUAGGACUGUACUACUGCAAGAACAUCACAGAUAGGGCAAUGUAUUCCUUGGCACACAGCAAGGUGAACAACAGGAUGUGGGGAUCUGUGAAAGGAGGAAAUGAUGAAGAUGGGUUAAGGACUUUGAACAUUAGCCAAUGCACUGCACUCACCCCAUCUGCUGUUCAAGCUGUUUGUGACUCAUUCCCUUCCCUUCACACAUGCUCAGGGAGGCACUCACUCAUCAUGAGUGGCUGCCUCAACUUGACUUCAGUGCAUUGUGCCUGUGCUGUCCAUGCACACCGUGCAUUCACCACUUUCCCUCAUCCUGCUCAUUAAGAAGCUCAUGCUUUGAUGUUGAACACACUUCGAGGAUGUGCCCUUUCAAGGGCUCAGAGAAGUGAAAAAGUGAAAUCCCUCCCUGGUAGAUAUAUGCCUGCAAAUAGAGAGACUUGAAUCUAGUUGAAGAAAAGAUGUACAUAUAUGUACAUCUUUUCUUCAACUUUGUGUCUUAAACUCGGUUUGUUUUAAUCCCCGAAUUGUGAAAGCUCGAGACAUUUUGGAUGCUAAAACUGGCUUGUACCUAGUAAGCUAUUUGAGUUUAUGGAAAGACAUGGACUUCUAAAUUUGUAUGGUUUUAUGGGAAGUUUAUAUGCACAUUUUGGUAUUUUGUGU